CAUGAGUCAUAUUAAGAAACCAACGGUUUCCCUGCAGCAGACCAGCGACCGCUGACUUAGGACCAGCUACAAUAAAUACACCACAGUGGUGCAUGACUCAGCGGUCCAGGACCAGGACAUGAUGCACGUGGAGACACGCUAGUAGUCUCCAUGAAGGACAUUACCUCGCUCCACAAAAGCGACACUCACUUUGUUAUUGCGCCUGAUAAGUGGCACAGGAGAACAUGGAGUCACGCGCCAAUGAGAUGGACAAGCAAACUGCGUCAAGAGUGCUCCAGAUGAAUCCCACUGCCCUCUGUGUUGUAACUGCUCCCUCUGCUGGCCUCUCACUCUUAAUCACCUGCAGUGGGUGGAUCCACCAGUGAUAGCUGUGCAGUGAUUGGCUUCUCCAGGAGGAGGCUGCCAUGAUACACUGGAUGCUGCACAGAAUCAUUUCCACAUCAUAAGCAGGCACUGGACCGCCAUCCUCCUCACCAUCCCUCUUGUCUUCUCUUCUCUUAUCCUUUCCUCUCCUCCUCUUCUUAUCACCCUUGCGCUCUCUUUUUCUCUUCCUCUUCCCCUCCAUCCGACAGACACAAAGGCCUGCCUGAGCACACUGCAGCAGAGGACCUACACACACACACACCAGAGGAGAUAGCAGCAGCAGCAGCAGCAGCAGCAGCAGCAGCUGCAGGCGGACUGGAUGCCUUGUUCCAGGCCGCUUCGCUAGGCCCUAGCAGCAUGGGCGGAGCCUGGGUGGGGAGAGAGAGCACUGAUUGGACCCUUCCCCUCAGGACGGGCGCACUGGCGGGUCACCCUCCCUCAGCUUCAGAUGGGCGAGGACGCUGAGAGCCCCAAAAUCAACCACACCUUCCUGCGAGACUACGUCACUGAAGCUGAUGUCAUCUCUACGGUGGAGUUUAACCAGACAGGGGACCUUCUGGCCACAGGGGACAAAGGUGGCCGAGUGGUCAUCUUCCAGAGAGAGACUGAGUCUAAAGGUGAGUCCGAGGAGGUGGGGGAGACGGGGGACUCUGGGGAGUACAAUGUCUACAGCACAUUCCAGAGCCAUGAGCCGGACUUUGAUUACCUGAAGAGUCUGGAGAUUGAAGAGAAAAUAAACAAGAUCAGAUGGCUGCCUCAGCAGAACGCAGCACACUUCCUCCUCUCCACCAACGAUAAGACCGUUAAACUGUGGAAGGUGAGUGAGAGAGACAAGCGACCGGAGGGAUACAACCUGAAAGAUGAGGAGGGACGGCUCAAGGACGUCUCUACCAUCACCUCUCUGCAGGUGCCAGUGCUGAAACCUACAGAUCUCAUGGUAGAGGUUCGUCCCAGGCGAGUGUUUUCCAAUGGACACACCUACCAUGUCAACUCUAUCUCAGUCAACAGUGAUGGUGAGACGUACCUGUCCGCUGACGACCUCCGCAUCAAUAUGUGGCAUCUGGGCAUCACAGACCGUAGCUUCAAUAUUGUGGACAUCAAACCAGCCAACAUGGAGGAUCUGACGGAGGUGAUCACAGCAGCAGAGUUCCACCCACAUCACUGCCACUUGUUUGUGUACAGUAGCAGCAAGGGCACCCUGCGCCUCUGUGACAUGAGAGACUCUGCACUUUGCGACAAACAUACCAAAUUAUUUGAGGAACCUGAGGAUCCAGGGAGCCGGUCCUUCUUCUCAGAGAUCAUUUCUUCUGUGUCGGAUGUCAAGUUCAGCCACAACGGACGCUACCUGCUGACCAGAGACUACCUCACUGCCAAGGUAUGGGACCUGAACAUGGAAAAAGGCCCCGUGGAAACGUACCAGGUCCAUGAAUACCUGAGGAGUAAGCUGUGUUCCCUCUAUGAAAAUGACUGCAUCUUUGACAAGUUUGAAUGUGUUUGGAACAGCUCAGACAGUGUGAUCAUGACAGGGGCGUACAACAGCUUCUUCCGGAUGUUCGACAGGGACACAGGUCGAGGCGUUACCCUGGAGGCGUGGCGGGAAAGCAGCAAACCUCGGGCCGUGCUGCGGACCCGGCGUGUCUACACUGGUGGUAAGCGUCGCCGCGGAGACGUUGGCGUUGAUAGUCUGGAUUUCACGAAGAAAAUCCUGCACAUGGCGUGGCACCCGUCUGAGAAUAUCAUCGCCAUAGCAGCCACCAACAACCUGUACAUCUUCCAGGAUCGCGUCAGCCCUGAGGCGCAGGCACAGUGACCGGAGUGACAUGAGUAUGUUCAUUGGCAGACAUCGCAUCAGAUUUCUCACAGAAGUAUACACAGUGACUCAGAUACGUAUAUUUGGAUGGCUCGGUGAAGGCGUGAGGAGUAGACAGCCUUUAUGGGAAGAUGCAGCUGUCCGAGCCCAGCUGUUUCACAAUGUACUGAGAUGCAACAUUGUUAAAAAGAUAAGUUAUGAAAUGACAUAGACAAUGUAAAUUAAUUGAAUCCAUAAAGUGAAUCAUCUUUUUUUAAAUACUGAGAUGGACCGAGGUCCCCAGUAUCUGUCAGGACAUGUUUUUGUUCCCAGUCUGCUACAAAUUUUUGAAGAUGUUUCUCAAACUACCCCACUGUAGGGGCAGUAAGAGAGGUGCAGGGACACCUCUCCAUCUCCGGUGACUGUGACUGCUGGUGACCACACAGUGUUGGACUCUUUGCUGAUGUUGUUGGACAAAGAAUGAUAUAAGUUAUGCUUAGUAGCAACAAAGACUGAGUGAUGCUUAAUAACACGAAGGCCUUGUGAUGGUGUGACUAGCAUUUUUUCACCAUUGUGGAAGAGUAGAUGUGGUUUCACUGUAAAGCUCUUCACGACGACACCCUGAGUCUUUUUUCCUUUUCUAAUGAAUGACAGCAGCAGUUAAACCUCUCCCUUCGAGCAGUGCUCUUGGAGAUUGCACGCAUUCAUUUUCCCUUGCCCUGUUUCCUUGUUCACUUUGCAAUAAUAGCACUAACAACAACACAGUUACAGCAGUAUUCCUGAUUUAAAUCAUGAGCUCUUCUUCUACAGGUUACGUACAUGUAUACACUCUUUUUACUGUUAGCUGUAAAUAUUCUGUUUUUUUAAGGCAGUACCAGUGUUUGCUCCCUGAGAGCUAAUGGGUAAAAAGGAUGCAUUUUGUAUUGUACACUGCAAACAAUCUAAAGAUCUAUGUCAAAGGGAGGAACAUUGUGGGAUUACUCUACUUAAGGUUCAGACUCGAUGUUUGUGUUGUAGCAGUACUUACGUAGGUAUUGCUGGCAAUAGAGAGGAACAAAUCAACAUUUAUUGUUUUGUUGUGUAAGCUAUAUUAAGCCUGUGAUGGGUUUUGAUUGUUGUAUCAAGGUCUCAAAUUAUUUCCCAUGUUUUCGUGCUGAGCCCUCUCACGUAUGCUCAAACUGAUUGGUAAUGAAUUAAAAAAUGAACUUUAUUUCUUAAAAUAAUAUUAUAUAAUAUAUAUUAAUUUAACAUGAGCGGCACGCUCAUUUUGGGAGCACACCUUGUAAGGCCUCUUACAAUCAUGUGAACGCGGGAAUCCAAGCACAUGUACAAGGUUCCUGAUGCAACUAAUCAAAGUUUCGACGACUGAGCUUGUGUCCUGUGUGUUAGAAGGUCAGGUGGUUUCAACCGUGCAAUAGCUAAUGAUGUACAUCGCUAAAAAUGUAUUUACCAUUAAAAACAAUAAUAUUAUGUGUUAUCAUACCGUAUACCUCACUGUGCCACACGUGCGACAUUGAAAGCCCCAGGCUGCACAUCAGUAACGUGAUGUCUUUGUUGGACUUAUGUAUGUGACCUGGUCAAGAUUUGAUUGUUUACAGUGAAGUGCAUUGUUUUCAAGUGACCUUGGCCCUGAUGGGAUUGUUGUAAGUGAUCUGGAUGUGUACUUUAGCAAGUGGAGAAUACGAAUCAGUGCGUGGGGUA